AGGAAAUAACGGCGUUGGCUGAAUCUGGGGCGGCCGAUAGUGUCAGCCGGAGGCGGUUACCAGGCAACUGUCGCACCGUGGGACACGGCAAGCGGGGAACGCGGCGUUCUCGCCGUGCCUGCCCGGCGCACGCGCGUGGGAGGGGGCCCAGCACGUCCCGGAGCGCGCAGGGAGAGGGCGACGCCAGCAGGAGCGUGCCGCAGGACCGGCGACAGAGGAGGGGGUCUCCAGCGUGCCCCCUCCUGCUGGCCAGUCCUCCCACUCCUCCCUUGCUUGUCUUCCGAUGCACGGCACGGAUUGCCUGACAGGCAGGAUUUCACAUUCCUCCUGCAGCCUCUGCUACUGGAGAAAUGGAAAAGAGAGAAACGUUACUCCCAACUCUGUAUCCAAAGUUCCCAGGAGAGACGAGGCUGCGCGUGCACCGGCUCUCUUCUAGCCACACAUUGGUGCCUGGCCAUCGCUGGGUAUCUCAGGAGAGCAAGGAUGCGGCGCCGGCUACAGACACUUUUCCAAAGGAAGUUUAAAAUUGGCCUCUUCUUUCUCCUGCUCUUGGCCUUCCUGAUGCACCUGGCAAUGGAUUUGGCCCUCCCUUCCACUCGCAGGUCCUGCAGCUGCGAUCCAAAAGCAGCAAAAGCCUUGGGUGUCCCAGCAGGCAGCCCAUUGGUGGCCGGCCCCAAAAAGCUGAGCCUGCGAAUCCUUCAGGAUUUCAGUGGCAGCAAUGGUUCUUUGGAGAAAAGCUCCCAUCCACAGGGAGUGGGGCCACAAGUAGAGGACGGAGACCGAGGGAUCCAGCGCCAGCGUGGAGAUGGGAAUCCAGGGGAGACCAAGGGAUCAAAACUGGCUGCACUCUUUGAGCAUCCUCUUUAUAAGGUGCCAAUUCCAGAGGUCACAGACAGAGACAAGCUGUUUGUCAUCAACCCCAUGGAGAAGUUCAGCCUGAGAAGCAGUGGGAGUGAUGAAUGGGUCAGCAACAGUAAAGCCGAGAUGGUCCUUCCGACAGGGAAGACUGCCUACGACACCUAUCCUACCUGGCUCAAAUUCCAUGUUGGCAUCAACCGCUAUGAGCUGUAUCCUCGCCAAGACCCCCUGACACUUGCCCUCAUUGAGGACCUGGCCACACUGAAGAUUGUCAGCUCAGUCCAGAAGUCUGGUGGGACACAGCUGAAACUCAUCAUGACAUUCCCGAACUACGGGCAGGCCCUCUUCAAGCCCAUGAAGCAGACACGAGACCAGGAGACUCCCGUUGACUUCUUCUACUUCUCAGACUUUGAGCGGCACAAUGCGGAGAUAGCAGCCUUUCACCUGGACAGGAUCCUGGAUUUCCGGAGAAUCCCACCAGUUUCUGGCCGUUUGGUGAAUAUUACACAGGAGAUUCGCGACAUUACAACUGACAAGAAACUGGCCAAGACUUUCUUUAUCUCCCCAGCUGGCAAUGUCUGCUUCUACGGUGAGUGCUCCUACUACUGCUCCACGGAGCAUGCUUUGUGUGGCAAGCCCGACCAGCUGGAGGGCUCCAUGGCAGCCUUGCUACCCGACAAGUCCCUGGCCAAACGCCGCUCCUGGCGCAGCCCCUGGCGACGCUCCUACCAUAAGAGCAAGAAAGCCGAGUGGGAGCUGAACCCCAACUACUGUGCUCAGGUGAGAGAGACACCGCCAUACAACAGAGGUCAUCGCCUUCUUGACCUUAUUGACAUGACCGUGCUUGACUUCCUUAUGGGCAACAUGGACCGGCACCACUACGAGACCUUUGAGAAAUUUGGGAACGACACGUUCCUGCUUCACCUGGACAACGGCCGAGGCUUCGGCACCCACUCGCACGACGAAAUGUCCAUCCUGGCCCCGCUCCAGCAGUGCUGCAGCAUAAAGAAGUCGACCUACCUGCGCCUGCGGCUGCUGGCCACGGAGCCGUACCGGCUCAGCGACGUGGUGCGGGAGGCGCUGGCCUCCGACCGCCUGGCGCCCGUCCUCGCUGAGCCUCACCUGCGGGCGCUCGACCGGCGCCUCGGGAAGGUGCUGGCGGCGGUGGGCGAGUGCCUGGCCAAGGCCGGCCGGGAGCGGGACGUGCUGGUGGACGAGGCGGCCCGGCCACGGCGGCCUGGGAAGAGGACGCCGGCGUGACGGGGCGGCCGGCCGCCCCGAGCCUCCUCGGCCGCCGAAGCUGGCGCCGCGGGCGUGGGGGGGGGGACCGAUGCUGGCACCUCGUCCCGCGGGCCAGGGCUGAGG